AUGCCAACCGCCACUGAAUACUUUGGCAUUGGAUUCACGAACAACGGUCCACUAACAACAACAUAUACGCCCCCCGCAAGCUGCACAACAGUAACGACAGAUCAAAUCUUCUUCGCGAAACCCGACUAUAUAUCAGAAGGGUACGGAGCUCCGACAUGCGAGACUGCUUCAAUGGGAAAAUGUCUGCCAUCUGGCUCCAAUUAUGACAAACAGGUCGCCUACUUGAAUGAACACGGAGGUCAAGGCGCUAUUGACUACUACUCACCUGGCAUAGCUUGUCCCAAAGGCUGGACUACAGCUGGCACGUUGGCGCAUGGCAACGAAACAGGCUCUGUUGAGAAGAGUGGUGUUUUUACGCAGACGAGGAGUACACUGCCAGGCGUGUCUGUUACUGAUCCGAAUAUGCCGCUGGAACAGGUAUGGCUUAAUGCAUUGGGUCCCUCUGAGACGCUUGCAUAUUGCUGCCCUAGUGGCUGGUUUGCUGCAAAGGGAGGAGGUUGCUUCUCAUCAAUCGAGCCCUUGAAAUCAGCAACAUACACAGAAGUAUGCAUCAAAUACCUACCCCAAAGCGCUAUACGUUCCGUCUACACGGUAGAAGGAAGCAAGGUGUCGCAAUAUCUAUACUCGGCGGUAACAGUGGGCCCAACUUCAGUGAUUUGGCCAAUGUCCGUUGUGCAAACUGAGUCAAGAUUCGAGUACAACGAACUUGCGGUAGUUCGACGCUUUCCUGCAGUGAAGCUUGUUUACAAGGAGUCGGAUUUGAAGCCAACUGGGGGUGGAGAUGAAAGCAACGAUGGGAAGAGCGGUGAUGAUGACGAUGAUCAGAAAGAGGAUGAUGAUAAUGGAGCUUCGGGUCUGUUGAGGAAUGGUGGACUAAUCUCAAUGAUUGCGGUGCUAUUUAGCAUGCUUUUUGGCGCUGGUUUGGUAAUGAUCUAG